AUGCGACGAGAAAUCCUAGACUCCUUCCUCCGACAGGACCUCCAGUUCUUCGACCGGCCUGAAAACACAGUAGGCGCGCUCAUCAGCCGGCUGGAUUUCUACCCACAGGCCACCCUAGAGUUAAUGGGAUUCACCGUCGCCAUUAUCCUCAUGUCCGCCAUCAACAUCGUCGCAUCGAGCAUCGUCGCGAUCGCCGUGUCCUGGAAACUCGGACUGGUGGGUAUCUUCGCCGGUCUACCGCCUAUGCUCCUAGGCGGUUACGCACGCGUCAAGCUCGAGACCAAGAUGGACGACCAAAUGGGUCAGAGGCUGUCAGCAAGCGCCUCGGUGGCAUCGGAGUCUAUUAUGGCCAUCCGGACUAUCUCAUCGCUCGCCAUCGAGAACACCGUGCUGAGGAAAUACGUCGACGAGCUCGACCUCGCAAUCUCCCAGACCAGCGGGCCGAUGUUUCACAUGAUGAUCUGGUUCUCGCUCACCCAGUCCGUAGAGUACUUUGUCCUGGCCUUGGGGUUCUGGUGGGGAUCCAAGCUGAUCAACGAUGGAGAGAUCAGCUUCUAUCAAUUCAUCGUAUCGUUCAUGGGCAUUUACUUCUCCGGCCAAGCCACCGCAUUGGCUUUCAGCUUCGCUAGCAGCUUCACCAAGGCAAACCAAUCCGCCAACUACUACUUCUGGCUCGACGGGUUAGGGGGCACAAUCAGUGAGACAGACGAAAAUCGCAAAGAAGCACCCGCCUAUGGAUGUCGCUCCUACGACUUCCAAGACGUGGAUUUCUCGUACCCCCUGGCGCCAAACACACAGGUCCUCAAGAACGUGUCUCUAUCAAUCCACCACGGCGCCUCAGGAUGCGGAAAAAGCAGCAUGAUCUCCCUCCUAGAGCGAUUCUACGAUCCGACAACCGGAACCAUCACCAUCGACUCCUCAGCCCCUUUAUCAUCACUAAACCCGCUCCUCUAUCGCAGACAGGUAUCCCUCGUGCAACAAGAACCGAUGAUCUUUCCUGGGACGAUUCGUGAGAAUAUAUUGCUGGGGGUUUCUGAUCUCGGUCUCCAUACCAUGGGCAAAACGUCAUCGUCGUCAUCAUCGCCGUCGAAAGAAGAAAGUGAAGGAGAGGAGGAAGAGAAACUGGAAGAAACCUGCAUCUCUGCCAACCUAUGGGACUUCAUCUCCUCUCUCCCCGAAGGUCUAGACACACCAUGCGGAGGCAAUCAUCUCCUCUCAGGAGGACAAAGACAGCGGAUCGCGAUCGCGCGGGCCCUGAUCCGUCAACCUCGGGUCCUUCUACUCGACGAGGCGACGAGUGCGCUAGACACGGAGUCAGAGAAGCAGAUACAAAAGGCGUUGAUGGAGUCCGGGUCCUCAGAGGACAGGAUCACGAUCACGGUGGCACAUCGGUUGUCGACGGUGCGAGACGCGGAUUGUAUUUUUGUGUUCUAUGCCGGGGAGGUUGUCGAGGUUGGAAGGCAUAAUGAGUUGGUUGCCAGGGGCGGGAUGUAUGCGAAGAUGUGCGAGGCUCAGAGGUUGGAUGAUGCCGGGGUGUGA